AUGCCCGGCUCCAUUCUCGAAAACAUCCACGACCCCCCAAUCCCCGCUCCCCAAACCCACCGCGACAAAGCCCCUACCCUCCAACCCCGCCAUGACAUCCUCCAGCCCAAGGAUGGCUCUUCCCCAGUCCCUGUGACGCUGCACCCCGUGACACAAGGCGCAGCAAGCCUCCCUCCGGGACUGGUCAAGUUCCUGCACAAGGAAUUCAGCGCCGAGAUCGAGCGCGGAUGCACCUAUCCGAUGGAGGAGCCCAUGUCACUGGAGCGGUUUGCAGAGUACUGGUUCGGGACCUUUGCGGUUGUUGCGUUGACGGGGAGCAGCGAUGCGAAGGAGAUUCGUCGCGACGAAGAGAGGAAUUGGGAAGAGGAGUGUUUGGGGACGUUUUAUAUUAAGCCUAAUUAUCCGGGCCGCUGCUCACACGUCUGCAACGCAGGCUUCCUCACCUGCACCGCUGCUCGAGGAAAAGGCGUUGGCAUGGUCAUGGGCAAGACGUACCUGGAGUAUGCGCCGAAAUUGGGCUACAAAUACUCUGUCUUCAACCUCGUCUUCGCCAACAACCCUGCUUCGAUCCGUAUCUGGGAUAAGCUGGGUUUUACGGUGCUGGGCAGGGUGCCUGGUGCCGCGCGGCUGGCGAAUAGUGAUGAGUUGGUUGAUGCGUUGAUUUAUGGGAAGAAGUUGGUUGAAGAUGGAGAUGGAGAUUCGAAAUAA